AUGGCGCCAUCGCCCGCGCCCAUCCACGGGGCAAACGCCUCCUCUGCGCCCGUGACAGGACGCAUUCGACCUCAAAGCGCGUCUGAAAAACAAGCUGCACAUCUUGAAAAGCUUUUGAAGGAUCCGGACCGUCCAGUGCACAUUCCCAAACCAGCAAAGGAAAAGGAAUUGAGACCUCCGAGGGAGAUGAUGAAAAAUGUGUCGGGAAGCAGCGCGGGUGCUGGGAGUGGAGAGUUUCAUGUUUAUAAGCAUGCUAGAAGGAGAGAGUAUGAGAGAGUCAGAUUGAUGGAAGAGAAAGAAGCAAAGGUGAGCUUCGUGGAAUGCGGGCGUGAAGAGAAGCGGUGGCUGAGAUGAGAGACAGUCGAGUCAUCAUUGUCAGACCAUGCCAGCUGGGGGCAUGACUACUUGCACACAAAGGACAGAUCCCGCGCAUACAUCCCACCUGCGCUUGUUCAAGCUUCCUUUGUUUUUUUUUUUUCCCCAAUGAUGAGGCUGACACUGCUCAUCCACCCCUCAUGCAGUCCAAAGAAGCAGCCGCUUUCGAAGCUCAACAAGCAGCUCUCGAAGCUGAAUCGGAAGCCAAAACGAGCAAGAAUCGAGCGAAGCGUGACAAGAAAAAGGCUCGUGCAGCCGCCGCUGCUGCUGCCGCCGCAGCUGCAACAGCCUUGGAAGGCGGGCCUUGCAAAUCGACUAGCCAGAUUGGUGAAGCUUUAGAUGCAGAUGCAGAUGCAGAGGGGACUGCUGAGCGGGAGGAUGCUCAGAAAGUGGAAGAAGAAGGAGAAGGAGAAAGGGAAAAGAAAAAGAGAAGGAUUGCUAGGCCGGUUGAAGGAGCUGAUGUGGCUUUUAGAAGACCCGGUGUGCAAAGCGACGAGGAGUAA